AUGACCACCGAGGGUGGGCCCCCGCCGCCCCCGCCGCGCCCGCCGCCGGCCCCGCUCCGCCGCGCGUGCAGCCCGGCGCCUGGCGCGCUCCAGGCCGCCUUGAUGAGCCCGCCGCCCGCCGCCGCCGCCGCCCUGGAGAGCGCCUCGUCGUCGUCGUCCUCCACUGCCGCCGGCCCGUCCGCUCCCGGCUCGGCCAGCGCCUCCUCGGCCGCCUGCAAGAGCUCGGCGGGCGGCGGCGCGGGCAAGAAGCCGGCGUCGGGGCUGCGGCGGCCCGAGAAGCCGCCCUACUCGUACAUCGCGCUCAUCGUCAUGGCCAUCCAGAGCUCGCCCAGCAAGCGCCUGACGCUCAGCGAGAUCUACCAGUUCCUGCAGGCGCGCUUCCCCUUCUUCCGCGGCGCCUACCAGGGCUGGAAGAACUCCGUGCGCCACAACCUCUCCCUCAACGAGUGCUUCAUCAAGCUGCCCAAGGGCCUCGGGCGGCCCGGGAAGGGCCACUACUGGACCAUCGACCCGGCCAGCGAGUUCAUGUUCGAGGAGGGCUCGUUCCGCCGGCGGCCGCGCGGCUUCAGGCGAAAAUGCCAGGCGCUCAAGCCCAUGUACCACCGCGUGGUGAGCGGCUUGGGCUUCGGAGCCUCGCUGCUGCCCCAGGGCUUUGAUUUCCAGGCGCCUCCAGCAGCGCCUCUAGGCUGUCACGGCCAGGGCAGCUAUGGCGCUCUGGAUAUGAUGCCCACCGGUUACGAUGCGGGCGCGGGAGCCCCGGGCCACGCGCAUCCGCACCACCUCCACCACCACCACGUCCCGCACAUGUCACCCAGCCCCGGCUCCACCUACAUGGCCAGCUGUCCCGUGUCUGCAGGCCCGGGGAGCGUCGGCGCAUCAGGCGGUGGUGGAAGUGGCGGUGGUGGCGGGGACUAUGGGCCAGACAGCAGCAGCAGCCCAGUGCCCUCAUCUCCCGCCAUGGCGAGCGCCAUCGAGUGCCACUCGCCCUACACGAGCCCUGCUACGCAUUGGAGCUCGCCUGGAGCCUCACCUUACCUCAAGCAGCCGCCCACCCUAACACCAAGCAGCAAUCCGGUGGCCUCUGCAGGCCUACACUCAAGCAUGUCCUCCUACUCACUGGAGCAGAGCUACUUGCACCAGAAUGCCCGGGAAGAUCUCUCAGUGGGACUCCCCCGUUACCAGCAUCACUCUACUCCAGUGUGUGACAGAAAAGAUUUCGUCCUCAAUUUCAAUGGCAUUUCUUCUUUCCAUCCCUCAGCUAGUGGGCCGUAUUAUCACCAUCACCACCAGACCAUGUGCCAGGAUAUUAAGCCUUGUGUCAUGUGAAUGGACAGGCAGUAUGAAAGCUGCUCUCCAGCUUCUGCCCGCCUCUCCUCUUCCUUCUGCUGGGAUCCGCUAGAAACUGCUAUUGACUCACAUACUGUGCACGCGGGUAGCAGUAAGUAGCACACCACUCACUUAGCCAGAUGCCUGCGGAGGCCUGUUCUCCCGUAUUGGCAUACCCUUGGAAGAGGGAGCUCUCGCAAGGCAGUGCCCCAGAGGAAGGAGAGAAUGAAGACGGUGAUGGUAGAAAGUUACCAGAUGUAAAACAAACUUUCGAUUCUGGUGUCCUUAUUACCUUCACAAAUCAGGGUCUGAGAAAGCAGACGUGUGUGUGUGUGUGUGUGUGUGUGUGUGUGUGUUAUUGAUCAAAAUGUGCGUGCUUUUCAAAAAGGCAGUGCUAAGCACAGCAUUUCAAGAAAACUUUGUCUUGUGGCCUAGCUCAAUAGGAGAGCUCUUGUUUUCCCCAAACGCUCCCGUUGGAUACAGGUGCCAAAGAACAUUGUGAAAAAAGUAGAACCAAUGAGUCUGGUUUAAGAAAAUGGCUCUCAGUAUUGUGACAAUACAACGUUUUUACAAGGUUGUUUUCUACCACCGUAUUUUAAAGAUUUUUUUAUGAUUUUCGUGUAUUCUCACACCUUGCUUGUAUUUUAAAAGGAGGAUAUAUUUGCACUUAUGUAUACUUCUACAG